GCCGGCAGGAUGUCCAGCCAGGACCUGAGCAUCGCUGCAAAACUCAUCAACGGAGGUGUGGCAGGACUCGUGGGAGUGACCUGUGUGUUUCCCAUUGACCUUGCCAAGACCCGACUGCAGAACCAGCAGGGGAAAGCUGUGUAUAAAGGAAUGACAGAUUGCCUGAUGAAGACUGCACGUGCGGAGGGCUUCCUGGGCAUGUACCGAGGGGCUGCGGUAAACCUUACCCUCGUCACUCCAGAGAAGGCAAUCAAGCUGGCAGCCAAUGACUUCUUACGGCAGCUGCUCAUUCAAGAUGGGGUGCAGCGGAACCUGAAGAUGGAGAUGCUGGCCGGAUGUGGGGCUGGAAUAUGCCAGGUGGUGGUUACCUGUCCCAUGGAAAUGCUCAAGAUUCAGCUGCAGGAUGCUGGCCGCUUAGCUGCCGGUCAUCAGGGCUCUGCCUCGGCUGCGCCCACCUCCCGGCCCUACAGCACGGGCUCCUCCCGGCCCUACAGCACGGGCUCGGCUUCCACCCGCAGGCGCCCAUCGGCCGUCCUCAUUGCCCGGGAGCUGCUCCGCACUCAGGGCCUGGCUGGUCUCUACAGGGGCCUGGGUGCUACUCUCCUCAGGGACAUUCCCUUCUCGGUCAUCUACUUCCCCUUGUUUGCGAACCUGAACCAGCUUGGGGUCUGCGAGCUCACCGGCAAGGCUCCCUUCACACACUCUUUCGUGGCGGGCUGCGCAGCAGGUUCUGUGGCCGCCGUAGCUGUCACCCCUCUGGACGUUCUGAAGACUCGAAUCCAGACCCUGAAGAAAGCCCCGGGCGAGGACAUCUACAGUGGGGUCACUGACUGUGCCAGGAAACUCUGGACACAGGAGGGAGCAGCCGCCUUCAUGAAGGGAGCAGGCUGCCGGGCCCUGGUCAUAGCCCCCCUCUUUGGGAUCGCCCAGGGCGUCUACUUCAUUGGCAUCGGAGAACGCAUCUUAAAGUGCUUUGAGUAAUCUACGGUGGCCCUCCCUUGCUGCCAUCUCUGGCCCUACACUUGAGACUAGGUGGUAGCGCCAGAAGCCCAAGAUGCCUACCCUGUUGUACAUCAACUAACUUGUAGUGCUACCUCAGAAGAAAUGACCCAUUUCACUACUUACCAGGGGCGUUCAGAAGCCCCAACCACCUGCUUAACAAUAGAAACGGCCUCGUGUAUUAUGGCAGG